GAGUCAAGUCUCGCGUGACGUGCUGCGGUCUUGCUCUGGGCAGUGGUUCGGCUGCCGGCCGGAGGCAGUCCUCGAUCGGGGAGCUUUCACGAUGGCUCUUCGCUGCUCAGCUCCGCAGCCUCUUGGGCCAUCUGGAGCCUCGGAACCUCUUUAGUGCCGGAGUUCGGGCCGCAGGCGGCGGGCGAACAGAACCUCUGGAUGGACUCUUCCUCGGAAGCUUUGCUAAUUUGCAGCAGCUGGGCAAUGCUCCUCAUUACCAUCUGUCUGUCAGCAUAGUCCCGCGUCAUUUCACUGUGGUGGCAGGGACUCAGCUCCGAAUUCUGUAUAGAGAAAGCACCUGGAUCCUAGUCUUUCAAUGGCUUCAAGACAACCAGAAGUGCCUGCUCUUGCGCCCAGUGGGCCUCUAGGCAAGAUGUCCCUGCCCAUCGGGAUGUGCCGCCGGGCAUUCAGCUAUGAUGAUGCCCUAGAGGACCCUGCGCCCAUGACUCCUCCUCCAUCGGACAUGGGCAGCAUCCCCUGGAAGCCAGUGAUUCCAGAGCGCAAGUAUCAGCAUCUUGACAAGACAGAGGAAGGAGUGGCCAGUGUCUCUUCCCUUGCUGUGAUUCCAUCAACAGCCACUGACAAUUCAGAGAAGGCUCCUGUGGUGAAGGCUAAAGCUACCCAUGUCAUCAUGAAUUCCCUGAUCACAAAACAGACUCAGGAGAGCAUCCAGCGUUUUGAGCAACAAGCAGGACUGAGAGAUGCUGGCUACACACCUCAUAAGGGCCUCACCACUGAGGAGACCAAGUACCUCCGAGUGGCAGAAGCACUCCAUAAACUAAAGCUGCAGAGUGGAGAGACAACAAAAGAAGAGAAGCAUCCUGCAUCAGCCCAGUCCACUCCAAGCAGCACCCCCCACUCCUCCCCCAAGCAGAAGUCCAGAGGCUGGUUCCCCUCUGGUUCCUCCACAGCCUUACCUGGCCCAAAUUCUCACACCAUGGAUCCUGGGAGUGGGAAUGACAAGAACUCAGCAGAAAAGUGGAGCCUCUUUGGAUCGAGGCCCCUGCAGAGGUCUGACUCUGGUUUUGCCAUCCAGGCUUACAAAGGUGCCCCGAAACCCUCCCCUAUGGAGCUAAUGCGUGCUCAAGCCACACGAGUAGGUGAUGAUCCAGCAACCUUCAAGCCGCCUAAGAUGGAUAUCCCAGUGGUAGAAGUGAAGAAACCACCACCUCGAACCCAUAAUCUCAAACCCCGUGACCUGAAUGUGCUCACACCCACUGGCUUCUAGAAUGCUUUCUGUCCAGGGUCUGCAACUUUCCCUGGGCUCUGACAUAGGAGUGAUGUAGUUAACUGGAGGCUGGAGUGACAUUGUGCAGAUUGUCCUUGUGUGAGAGAAACCAUUUUGCACUGCUUUCAGGUUGGUGGAAAAUGUCAGUGGUGCUGAGUGGGGACCUCACUUUUUUUUUUUUUAAAUCAUUUAUCCUAGAGGAGGAUUUGACCUUUGCUUUCUUAGGUAAAUAGUGCUGUUGUGCUUCCAAAACUAUCAACAUGAGCAGUUACAAAUCAUGAUAGAGGUGCCCACCAUCUCAUUUGGACAGCCAUGGCUUCUUGACAUGCUU